AUGAAGAACUAUCUGGAUAAGAAUAGGAGAAAAUACAAGGAGAAGAGGACAAACUAUUUGGAUGAGAAAGAACACACAACAUGGACAAGAAGAUGUAAAACAAACUACAUAGACAAGACGAGGACGAACUAUCUGGACAAUGACAAGAAGAGGAAGAACUACCUGGACAAGAGGAGGAAGAACUCUCUGGACAAGAAGAGGACGAACUACCAGGACAAGAAGAGGACGAACUACCAGGACAAGAAGAGAUUGAACUAUCUAGACAAGAAGAGGACAAACUACCUGAAUAAGAAGAGGACAAACUUCCAGGACAAGAAAAGGACGAACUAUCUGGACAAGAGGGGGACAAACUAUCUGGACAAAAAGAGGACGAAAUACCAGGACAAGAGGGGGAAGAACUAUCUGGACAAAAAGAAGAGGAACUACCGGAACAAGAAGAGGACGAACUACCAGGAAAAAAAGAGAACGAACUACCUGGACAAGAAGAGGACGAACUUCAAGGACACGACGAGGACGAACUACUAG